UAAAAACCAAACCAAUCCUUGAUAACAUAACAUCCAAUAACAUGGCAUUAUUCUCAUUCUCCUCACUCUGCCUCACAAUUUUUGUCAUCUAUUCUUCUUUAUCUCUAUCUGCUGAAUCACGUGUCUCACCAAUUGCACCAAUCUCUUCUCUUAUUAGCAAAACCCUUUUCGACUCAAUUUUUUUACAUAAAGAUGACAAUGCUUGCCCUGCUAGAAACUUUUACACUUAUGAAUCCUUCGUUGAGGCAACCUCGAGCUUCCCAGCGUUCGGCUCGACCGGAUGCUCGACCACACGGAAGCGCGAGGUUGCCGCAUUUCUUGCACAGAUCUCACAUGAAACCACAGGUGGUUGGGCUACUGCACCUGAUGGACCAUAUGCAUGGGGGCUGUGCUUCAAGGAAGAAGUUAGUCCUCAAAGUGAUUAUUGUGAUUCCUCCAAUAAAGAAUGGCCCUGUUAUCCUGGAAAGAGUUACAAAGGCAGAGGACCAAUUCAACUUUCCUGGAAUUACAACUAUGGGCCAGCAGGGAAGGCCUUGGGAUUCGAUGGUCUUAAGAACCCAGACAUUGUGUCAAACAAUUCAGUAAUUGCAUUCAAAACAGCACUCUGGUUUUGGAUGACAGAGCAGAAACCAAAACCUUCUUGCCACAACGUCAUGGUUGGGAAUUACGUGCCAACAGCAUCUGAUAGAGCAGCAAAUAGAACCUUAGGGUUUGGGUUGGUUACUAACAUAAUCAAUGGUGGACUUGAAUGUGGAGUUCCAGAUGAUGCAAGAGUCAAUGAUCGGAUUGGAUACUUUCAAAGAUAUGCUAAGUUGUUUAAUGUAGAUACUGGACCUAACUUGGAUUGUGCAUAUCAGAAAUCCUUCUAACCUUAUAUUGUUUUUGGUGUAUCUUUUUUUUUUAUUUCUAUAAUUUUAUCCCUUAGUAAAUGGUGAAAUUCAUUCUUAAAAGAUUACUCAUUUUUUAAAUUAGUUUCUGAAUUUUUUUUAAUUAAAUCAUAUUUUAAAGACUUUAAAUUGGUCGCAUUAGUUCUUCCAUCACUUCCAUUCUUCAUAGCAUCAAAAUUUGCUUAUAUGGCACCUUAAGUGACGCCACAACAUACAUCUGACAAUCUUAAUUAGGUGCUAACAUGAUAAAUUUAUUAAAUUAGAUCAAAUCAAUCUCAAUUUAAAAAAAUUUCAAUGUCUCAGAGUCUUGCUCAAUUUAGAGUUGAUUUGAUCUAAUUGCAUGAAUUUAGCAUAUCAACAGUCAAUUAGGAUAGGUAGGAGUAUAUUAUAGUCAAUAUAGUAUUACUUAACGUGCCACAUCAACAAAUUUUAACGUCGUCAACAACGGAAAUAACAAAAAGACUAAUGUAACUAAUUUAAAAUCUUUGAAACACGAAUUUAAUGAAAAAAUCUUUCGAAAAUCGAUUUAAAAAACGAGUAAUCUUACAUAAAUAAAUUUGACCAUUUACUUUUUUGCUCUUGUUCAUUAUCAUUCCUU